CUUAAUAUAAGGUUAGGCAUAAUGUUAACAGUGUGCUUGAAAAUCAGAUUUUAAGAAGUUAAAUUUUAGAAAUGGGCGGGGUUUACCCAUAAUUAUGACUUUGUGGUUGUGUUAACUAGUGACGAUCCCAGUUUAUCGACUCGAGAUUAGCAGCAGAAACCGAAAAUGUCGGAUCCCACGGUUGCAGACACUCGCCGAUUAAACUCUAAACCGCAGGAUCUUACGGAUGCGUAUGGCCCCCCAAGCAAUUUUCUUGAAAUCGACGUUUAUGACCCACAAACUAUCGGAGUCGGCCGGAACCGAUUUACCACUUAUGAAGUUAGAAUGCAGACAAACCUUCCCAUCUUCAAACUUAAGGACUCUGUUGUGCGAAGAAGGUACAGUGAUUUUGAGUGGCUGAAGAAUGAGCUGGAGAGAGACAGUAAGAUUGUGGUGCCCCCUCUCCCUGGAAAAGCUUUGAAGAGACAGCUGCCCUUCCGAGGAGAUGAGGGUAUCUUUGAGGACUCCUUCAUUGAGGAGCGGAGGGUAGGCUUGGAACAGUUUAUCAACAGACUUGCAGGUCAUCCCCUGGCCCAGAAUGAGCGCUGUCUUCACAUGUUCCUUCAGGAUGAGUCCAUUGACCGGAACUACAUUCCUGGAAAACAGCCCCAGAGAUGAAAAUGAUGAGGUCUACUCAGCCGAUCUUCUCAACCCUACACCCCCUGGCUGUUUGGCUUGAUCACUAGAGCCCACUCUGUCUUUUCCACAGGUGGCCCAUCCUCCUAGACAACUGCAUCUGCUGGAACUCUCUGUAAAUACUGUGUACAUAUAUACAUAUCUUAUUUGUAGUUGGUCUGGGGAAGCUGUGGGGAUAUUCACAUGCAGAGCGUUUAACUUGUAGCAGAAGCUUGAGGGUGGGGAAGGUGAAUUUAUGAAACGAUUGAGUUCGUAAGUUACCUUUUUGAAACAACAGGAUUUUUCUGGAGUUAAACUUGAGGCUUAUUAAGUAAGUAGGAGUUGGUAAUAAUUAUAACACUUAAGUUUUGGAAUGAGGAAAUAUUGUUUUAGUAACACAAGUUGGCUUCCUAACUCAUGAAUUCUGCUUGGUGAAAUAUAAUUGUGUACAUUUCUCAUGUGAAAAUGACAGGCUCUGCCAAAAAUACUUUCUCCUGAGCAACCAGUUUCUCAGUUAUAGAGAUCGUUCUCCGAAGGGAAAUUCCGUUAACCUAGCCAUUAAAUCAGAGCCUUGAUAGAGGAAUGAUUCCGUAGUGUAAUACAAAAAAUUGGCAAGUAUUAGGAUCAAUUAUUGGGGACAUAUUCAUUCAUACCACCUCAAUGGUCAUCAGACUCCAUUGCACUUGAUUUAAUAGUAGGGAUCUUAACCCCAAUGUGUUGGAAACUGCAAACCGAGGUUCUCGCCACCAUGGUCACAAUCAUUUUCAACCUCCCUUCUACUGCAACACUAUUGUAGGUUGUUGUAAAUGAGAAUAUUUGAAAUCAACUUACCUGGUAAAAUAAAGCUCAAUCAAUAACGUCCAACAGGAUACUUAUUUUGCUUACACUCGCAGAUACAGGGUUGUCUUAGAAGGAAAUAUUAUUCAGUGUUAAGGUGCUUCUGUUUAAUGUGUGGGGUGAGGCUGAUGCAGCCGGAAAUGUCUGUAAUCAAGCACCAAAGACAGUUUCUGCUGCCUGUGAUUGUGAUAUGUCUUCCUGAAACAUCCUCGGCCUCACCUCAACUGAUGGCUAGUCGCCAACCAUUUCGUUGGUGUUUUAUGUUCAUGUGUUUUUGACCAUUCAAAUACAUAAAGGCUGUUUUUUUCUGAUUUAAAUUUGUUGACCACAAUGUACUAUUUAGUUUAUUAAACCACUGAAAAUCUA